AUGGUGGAGAUCAGUGCCCAUUGGGUCAAUGCUAGAUCUCCAGAUAAAGGAGAGAUUGUAAGAGUUUUGACAUCAUUCAUCAUGAACAAUGAAGAAUGGUUUAGAGUAACUGCUUUGCUAGUCAUAGCUCAAGCAGUUUCUACUAUGGUGCUUCCCAAUGCAACAGUAUUUGAGGACAUGCUGGAAAAAUACAUGGAUGAAGAUGGUGAAUGGUGGAUUGCAAAGCAAAGAGGAAAAAGAGCUAUCACUGACAAUGAUAUGAAAAGUAUCUUGGAUAUUCAUAAUAAAUUACGGGGUCAAGUUUAUCCGCAAGCUUCCAAUAUGGAAUACAUGACAUGGGAUACAGAGUUGGAAAGAUCUGCUCAGUCCUGGGCUGAGACAUGUCUUUGGGAACAUGGACCUGCAAGUCUUCUUCCAUCCAUUGGUCAGAAUUUGGGAGCACAUUGGGGAAGAUAUAGACCUCUAACAUUUCAUGUCCAAUCAUGGUAUGAUGAAGUGAGAGACUUUACAUAUCCAUAUCCUCAAGAAUGCAAUCCUUAUUGCCCCUAUAGAUGCUCUGGUCCUGUAUGCACUCAUUAUACUCAGGUGGUAUGGGCAACAAGUAACCGAGUAGGCUGUGCAGUCAACCUAUGUCAUAAUAUGAAUGUAUGGGGACAGAUAUGGCCAAAAGCAAUUUACUUAGUGUGCAAUUAUUCACCCAAGGGCAAUUGGUGGGGGCAUGCUCCAUACAAACAUGGUCGUCCGUGUUCUGAAUGUCCCCCAAGUUUUGGGGGAGGCUGCAGAGAAAAUCUUUGUUAUAAAGAAGGUUCAGAAAGGCAUUACUUUCCAGAGAUAGAAACCAAUGAAGUUGAACGACAUCAGUUACAUGUUCAGAAUACAUUAGAAAACCAAGUGCAACUACAAGCAUCUCCCCGUGAUGAUAGUGAAAGAAAUGAAGUCAUAAGCAAACAACAGAUGUCUCAAAUUGUUUCCUGUGAACUACGGUUAAGGGACCAGUGCAAAGGAACAACAUGUAAUAGGUAUGAAUGUCCUUCUGGAUGUUUGGACAGCAGCGCCAAAGUUGUGGGAAGUGUCUAUUAUGACAUGCAAUCAAGCAUCUGUAGAGCUGCAAUACAUUAUGGUAUCCUAGAUAAUGAUGGUGGAUGGGUUGAUGUUACUAGACUAGGAAGAAGAAAUUACUUCAUAAAGUCCCAAAGAAAUGGAGUCCAGUCAGUUGGGAAAUAUCAAUCGGCUAAUUCAUUCACUGUCUCUAAAGUAACAGUACAAGCUGUCACUUGUGAAACUACAGUAGAACAGUUAUGUCCAUUUUAUAGGCCAGCCACACAUUGCCCAAGGGUCCACUGUCCUCACAAUUGUAUGCAGGCAAAUCCACAUUAUGCCCGAGUGAUUGGAACUAUAAUUUAUUCUGAUAUGUCUAGUAUCUGCCGAACAGCAGUACAUGCUGGAGUAAUUCCCAAUGAAGGUGGCUUUGUUGAUGUCAUGCCAGUGGAUAAGAGAAGAAUGUACACUGCUUCAUUUCAAAAUGGCAUUUCUUCAGAAAGUUUACAGAAUCCUCCAGAGCAAAGCAUUCAGAGUAUUUGCAGUGGUUUGAAGACAAGAAAAUGGUUUCUAUAAUAUCAAAUGCAAAUUUUUACAAGAAACAAAAUUGAUUUUGAUGUGCUUCAAGUUUGUAUAAUAGUGUAAUAUGGUUGUACAGAAGAUAUAUACUAUUUGGUGAUUAGAAGAGUGUUAAACUACAUGAGAAUCUUAAUGAAGAACAAUUUAAAAUGUUAAACAUUGAAAAUUGCAUUUGAGAAGUGAUGAUGAUGGAAAAGUAUAUUAAUCCUGUGUUAAAUAUUGCUAUAUUUUCUUAGCAUUUAUUUCUAUGCGGUGCAUUCAAAACUCAUAACCGUUCCACAUUUUUAAAAACAACAACAGACUACAUUAUUAGUACGGUUGGGUUUUAUAUAUGCCACUAAUAUUAACUGGAAAACUAUAGGUAUAGUAAAACCUAUAACUCUUGUAUAUAGAAUGUUCCAUUGUUUAAAAAAAAAUAACCACAGUCUUUGAAGCAAAGUAUAUAAAAGCUUAUAAAAAGAUUAGGAAAUUUUGCCAGUUUUACAUAAUUUUUCCCUGCCUUACAAAUAAGUCUUUUUACAAAAUAAUUUUAUUAUCUUUCAAUAUACAAACACUCACAGUAGUAGCUUAAUUAUUAUAGCAAAUUUUUAAAAUUGCAUUUUUGUAGAUAAACUCUUAAAUAGGAAAAUAUAGUUGGAUCUCACUAAUGUCUUUCUGAACAGACAUUGCAUAAUAAAAUGGAAGCAUACUCAUGAUUGAUUUUAAUUUUAUCCAUACAGACAUCAGUAGGAAUGACAUUUGACUACAGAUAAUCCUUGAGUUAUGACUGUAAUAGAGACUGCCAUUUAUAAUUGUAACCCAAGGAUUCAUUGAUUGGAUCAUGUUAAAUGAAUGUGAUCCUUAGUUAAGUGCACAUGAGCUAUUUCAGGCUGGGGACGACCAUGGGAGCCUAGUACUAGAACAGGCCACCUGCUUCUGAAACCAAGGCCUCCCCCGACGCACUGGGACAUCUCAUGUUCCCUUGGGAUCCCCACAGGGCUGGGAGGGGGAAACAGGCAAGGGACAUGUUGCAGUGUCUUUUCAGUCAGUUGUAACUUCAUAACUUCAGCUUCGGGUCAUCAGUACUUUUGGGGGGGGGGGUAAUUUUGAAUGGUUGCUAAGUGAACUGUUGUAACUCGAGUAAUACCUGUAUACCUUUAGAAUGGAGUUAAAAUUGAGACCCUUUUAGGUCCCCUAAGUCAUUGUUUAAAAUGUCUUGCAUAACCUUGCAAGUAGUAUUGAGUAGAUACUAAUUAGAUCAUACAGUAUUGAUGAAUUGUACGAAUGUAUGAUAUUGUGCAUAAGUAUUCUUUCUUCAUCUGGCAUACAGUCCUGCAGGGCAGGACAUAAUGCCAAGGAUUAUAAUCCCAGUAUUAUAUUUUUCUAUCAAUGAAUUUAAUUUCUUUCUAGCAACAAACACUGUGCAUUAAUUAAAUUGUAUUGUGGUAUAUUCAGAAUAUAUUCUAAGGCUGCCCAGAAUUGCUGUGGAAUUGAGCAGUCUUAGAAAUCUAAAUUAUAAAUAAAUAAUGCUGGUGACAAUAUCAAAUUUUCUAAGAAAAUUGUAUUGUAAAACACUGUAAAAGUAAUAAAAAACUUUAUAUGUUUUGUUUUUGUAACUUUAUAAUUUGUUAUUGUUUUUUCAAGAUAUUUUCAGAAUUGCUGUUCUGAAAACAUGUACUGAUACACGCUUCUUAAGACAGCCUUUUUUGGCUAAUUAUUCCUAUAGAUAUUGCAAUAUUUGUUUCACUACAUACACUACCUCUUGUAGUUAGGCAAGUGUUCAGCCCCCCCACUCCGUACACCAAGGCACUCCAAGAUAAGAUUACGAUUUAUUCACAGUAAAUCAACACACUGACUAGACCUUGGCAGAAAUUCAGACUUCCAAGAUAAGAAAUAUACACAAGAACUUCUCCAGCAUUGGUAAUGAAGUUGAAUCCUGCAAACAAUCUCCUCCCAAAGUCUCUCCUUAUAUACUCUCAUGAGAGGAGCCUAAUUACAACCACCUGGUUCAAUUAUCUUCUGUAUCUGUGUAGUUGUUCUCUGCGUCUAUCAGCCCGCCGUUGCCUGGCAUCCAGGACCAACUCCCUUGUCUCCUCCACACUGCUCCAAGGCCUGACGUCAUGGGCACAUUCCUUUGGCUUACAUUGCUCCAUGCCUCAGGUGCCUCCUGGUGGCCAACCAGCCUCUCUGGUCCCUGCUCAGAG